UCCGAUCAAACUGUUUGUUUCUAGAACCUUCACUAGUAUCCCUGUAUGCUCUGGAACUUUCUCCAAGCCUCUCCCUCCUUUCCCCUUCUCCACGCCUCCCCUGUCAACAUCCCAUAUGUGUCUGUUCUAUAUAAAACCCUGUGCCUUCAAAACCUCGGCAACACCCAACACCCAACACGUACAAAAUCUAAUCUCCGUUCACAAACUGAUCAAAUCACAAACCCAACACAGUAGAAAAAAGCCACUUCAGUCUCUUUUCUAGCAAGCACAAAUGGCUUCUUCAGUUUCGAUCCUUCUCAGAAGGGCCUCUGCCCCAACCCUCUUCUCCAAGCUCUCCAGCCCCAUUCGCUCUGCUUCGGUUUCUCCCCUUGUCUCUCGCUCCUUCAACUCCAACGCCCAGGUCACAAGCUACGAUCAAGAUGAUCGUAGGGUCCCUGUUGAUCGCAGCACCACUGACAGGUCUCCCUUUCGCCGCCGUGACCUUGGCCCCACCUUCUUCUCAGAUGUGUUUGAUCCAUUUUCACCAACAAGGAGUCUGAGCCAGGUUCUGAACAUGAUGGACCAGAUCACGGAUAACCCAUUUUUUGCGGGGUCAAGAAGAGGCUGGGACGUGAAGGAAAACGAGGAAGCUCUGUUUCUGCGGAUGGACAUGCCAGGCUUAGACAAAGAGGAUGUGAAGAUCUCGGUGGAGCAGAACACGCUGGUUGUGAAAGGAGAAGAUAAAGACUCGGAGGAUGAAGAAGGUGGAGGCAGGAGGUUCUCUAGCAGAUUGGAUCUGCCUCCCAAUCUUUACAAGCUCGAUUCGAUUAGGGCUGAGAUGAAGAACGGGGUUCUGAAGCUGGCGAUUCCUAAGGUCAAAGAGGACGAAAGGAAGGACGUCUUUGAGGUUAAGGUCGAGUGAGAGUGUCUCAGACAGACUGAUCUGUUUUGUUUUCGUUUUGGAGUGUGUACAUUUUCUUUCGGUGAUGUUAGUUUGUUUAGACCCAGUUCAACAUGAAUAAAAUAGAUGUCAUGGUUCAUGCUCAAUUUCACUAAAUAAGUCUAAAUCAGUCCAAUUCUUAGCAGAAAAAGAGAUCACUUUCAAAUCAUUUUUCAUCUUACUUGUACGGGCUUUGUAUAUACGAGUGUGUGUUGGAUUUUC